UGCUGAUGGAGGGAACAGCAAAAGCCUUCUUGCAACAUUACCUCAAAUAGGAGCCAUCAUUUGAGAUGCUUCCGUUGUCUGGGAAAACAAUAAUAUUUGAUAGCUUUCCUGAUCCUUCAGAUACCUGGGAAAUAAUUGAGACUAUUGGCAAAGGAACUUAUGGAAAAGUUUUCAAGGUGUUAAAUAAGAAAAAUGGCAGCAAAGCAGCAGUCAAAAUUUUGGAUCCUGUUCAUGAUAUUGAUGAAGAAAUUGAAGCCGAGUACAACAUUUUGAAAGCUCUCUCUGAUCAUCCCAAUGUAGUCAAAUUCUAUGGAAUGUACUAUAAGAAAGAUGUCAAAAAUGGAGACCAGCUUUGGCUAGUUCUUGAGCUGUGCAAUGGUGGAUCUGUGACUGAUCUUGUGAAAGGAUUUCUGAAGAGAGGUGAAAGGAUGAAUGAACUUAUAAUUGCUUACAUUUUACGUGAAGCUCUGAUGGGACUUCAGCACUUGCAUGAAAACAAAACUAUCCACCGUGAUAUUAAGGGAAAUAAUAUCCUUUUGACCACCGAAGGAGGAGUUAAGCUUGUGGAUUUUGGUGUGUCUGCUCAGCUGACCAGCACUCGUCUCCGCCGGAACACCUCCGUGGGCACCCCGUUCUGGAUGGCUCCAGAGGUGAUUGCCUGUGAGCAGCAGCUAGAUAGCUCCUAUGAUGCUAGAUGUGAUGCAUGGUCACUGGGUAUUACUGCAAUAGAGCUGGGAGAUGGAGAUCCACCCCUUGCUGAUUUGCACCCCAUGAGGGCACUCUUCAAAAUACCAAGGAAUCCUCCUCCAACGCUACAGCAGCCUGAACUGUGGUCACCUGAAUUCAAUGACUUCAUUAACAAGUGCUUGACUAAAGAUUAUGAGAAGCGUCCAACAGUAUCUACUCUUUUGCAGCAUGAUUUUAUUAAGCAAAUUGAAGGAAAAGAAAACGUGCUACAAAGGCAACUCAUGGAAUUUAUUGAUGUUCACCAACAAAUGGGAGUCACUGAAAAGGCAAGAUUUGAACGUAUUCACACAAAGAAAGGGAACUACAGUAAGUCACUAGUUUCAAACCAAGAAGAGGUAGAUGAUUUAGCAACCUUGGAGGUACUGGAUGAGAAUACAGUAACGGAACAGUUGCAGAAGGGUUAUGCCAAGGACCAGAUCUACACAUACGUUGGGGACAUACUCAUCGCUGUCAAUCCAUUUCGGAACAUAGAUAUUUAUUCUUCACAGCAUUCCAAACUGUAUAUUGGAGCCAAACGGACUGCCAACCCUCCUCACAUUUUUGCUGUUGCUGACAUAGGCUAUCAGUCCAUGGUGACAUACAACUCUGAUCAGUGUAUUGUUAUUUCUGGAGAAAGUGGAGCUGGCAAGACACAGAGUGCCCAUCUGCUGGUUCAGCAGCUCACUGUCCUCGGCAAGGCUAAUAACAAGACUCUGCAGGAGAAGAUUCUCCAGGUGAACAACCUUGUAGAAGCAUUUGGUAAUGCAGGCACUAUCAUCAAUGAUAAUUCAAGCAGAUUUGGAAAAUAUUUGGAAAUGAAAUUCACUUGUGGUGGCACUGUAGUAGGAGCUCAGAUUUCAGAGUACCUCCUUGAAAAAUCCAGAGUUGUCCACCAGGCAGUAGGAGAGAAAAAUUUCCAUAUUUUUUAUUAUAUUUAUGCUGGUCUCGCAGAAAAGAAAAAACUGGCACAUUAUAAACUGCCAGAAUGUAGACCUCCCAGAUAUCUGCAAAAUGAUCAUUUCAGAAUAGUGCAAGAUUUCAUGAACAAUAGCUUUUAUAAGUCUCAGUUUGAAUUAAUAGAACAGUGCUUCAAAGUCAUAGGUUUUACACUGGAGGAACUUGGAAGUGUGUACAGUGUCCUGGCUGCCAUUUUAAAUGUGGGUAACAUUGAAUUUUCUGCAGUAGUAUCUGAACAUAUGAUUGACAAGAGCAACAUUUCCAAUCCUGUAGCCCUUGAAAACUGUGCAUCCCUGCUGUGUAUUCAGGCAGAUGAACUGCAAGAGGCCCUCACCUCUCACUGUGUAGUGACUCGAGGAGAAACAAUUAUUCGUCCCAACACUGUGGAAAAAGCCACUGAUGUCAGAGAUGCCAUGGCCAAAGCCCUGUAUGGGCGCCUCUUCAGCUGGAUAGUCAAUCGCAUCAACACUUUGCUCAAACCUGACAAACAUUUAAGUGAAAAUGAUGAUGGCUUGAAUAUUGGAAUUCUUGAUAUCUUUGGCUUUGAGAAUUUCAAAAAGAAUUCUUUUGAACAACUGUGUAUCAACAUUGCCAAUGAGCAAAUUCAGUUCUACUUCAAUCAACAUGUCUUUGCCUGGGAACAGAAUGAAUACCUUUACGAAGGUGUUGAUGCAAGAGUUAUAGAAUACGAGGACAACAGGCCCCUCCUAGAUAUGUUCCUGCAGAAACCAAUGGGUCUCUUGUCUCUGCUGGAUGAGGAAAGCCGAUUCCCACAAGCAACAGAUCAGACACUUGUAGAAAAAUUUGAAGAUAAUUUGAAAUCAAAAUAUUUUUGGAGACCAAAAAGAGUAGAUCUAACCUUUGGAAUUUAUCAUUAUGCAGGAAAGGUUCUAUAUAAUGCAAGUGGAUUCCUAGCCAAAAAUAGAGAUACUCUGCCAGCUGAUAUUGUGCUGCUACUGCGAUCAUCUGAAAACAACCUGAUACGGCAGCUGGUAACUCACCCUCUCACAAAAACAGGUAACCUGGCACACACCAAAAGCAAAACUACAAUCAGUUAUCAAAUGUGGACCUCCCAAAAAUCAAUCAGUCAUACAAAGAAUGAAGCAGGAGAUACUGGACAUCAUCCAAGAGAAACAACCAGCAUGAAAACACAGACAGUUGCUUCUUAUUUUAGAUAUUCUCUGAUGGAUUUGUUAUCCAAAAUGGUCGUUGGCCAGCCCCAUUUUGUCAGAUGCAUCAAGCCAAACAACGACCGGCAGGCAAACAAGUUUGACAAAGAAAAAGUUUUGGUUCAGCUGCGUUACACGGGAAUUCUGGAGACAGCGCGGAUUCGAAGACAGGGUUAUUCACAUCGUAUACUCUUUGCUAACUUCAUAAAACGGUAUUACCUCAUCUGUUACAAAACAAAUGAUGAUCCUCCAGUAAGCCCAGAGACCUGUGCUGCCAUCUUGGAAAAAGCCCACCUUGACAACUGGGUUCUUGGAAAAACUAAAGUAUUCCUCAAAUACUAUCAUGUGGAGCAGCUGAAUUUAAUGCGGAAGGAGACAGUUGACAUGAUUAUUUUGAUUCAAGCUUAUGUCAGAGGGUGGCUGGGUUCGAGGAGAUACAAAAAGAUAAAGGAACAGAGGGAACAAAGUGCUAUUAAAAUACAGUCAGCUUACAGGGGGUUUGUUGCUCGUAAAGAAUACAAAAAUGCAAAGCAUAAUAAAAAAGUGGAAGAAAACAUUACCAAAUUUCAAGCAAUUGCCAGAGGAUACUUACUCAGGAAGAAGAGAAAAGAACUAACUGAAACAAGAAACAAAGCAGCAAUAACCAUUCAGUCUCACUACAGGGGAUAUAAGGAGAGGAAGGUCUUCAAAAGCAAGAGGGAAUCACUUAGAAAUCAAGAAACUGAAAAUGCAGCAACCAUUAGCAAGAAGGAAAAUUAUGGAGAACUUCAAGAUCCUGAGGAAAGUCCAGCUGAAGUGGAGAGUGCCCUCCCUAGAGUGGAAGAAGAAGCAGCUGCCAUAGCAGAGGAUGAAUUAUCUGCUGUGGAAUUCCUUGAAGCACAACUGCAGCCAGCUCAAAAUGAUACACUGGAAGUAGUAGCAAGUGAGGAGACUCAAGAUGAACCUGGUGCUGUCACCAGCAUCAAGUGCUCAGGGUACAGUGACACAGGGAAUGGAGAGGAGCAACAGCAAACAUCUACUGAAGGAGAGGCAGUAGAAGAGAUUAGUGAAGGUGAAGAACAGGACUCUUUGGAAGAGUUACCCAGCAAAUCUUCUGUCAAAACCUCAGCUGAACCUAGACCCCAGCAAGAGCAAGAUAAUCAAGACACACUCAGUGCAGACUGGCAAAAUCAAGAAUCUGCUGUGGUCCAGCCCAGAACUGACAGGGAUGUGGAAAGAAACUACCUAAAGCAUGAAGCAAUGAUGCCUACAGGAGGUAAAGGAAUCACAAGAAAAGAGUCACUAAGAAGAGGCUCGUGGAAGCAAACUGAGGCAGAAAAACAAGGUCCAGAAGACAAAGAGAAGGCAGCAGUAGUAAUUCAGAGCAAUUACCGGGGUUACAGAAGGAGAGGACAACUCAGAAAAGAAGGGAAACUACCUUGCAAAAGUCAAGAUAAAACAAUAAAGGAACCAAAAGAAGCAGUACACGUUCAAAAUAACAAUCCCCAAGCAACAAAAGGUAGGGAAAGCACCAGUACAGAGGCAGAAGACUCUAAGACACUGCAGGGAGACUCAGAGAAAGAGGCUUGUGAUUUGGCAGCCUUUUCACGACAGAUAUCAAAAUUAUCUGAAGAUUACUUAGCAUUGCAGCAAAAACUGAAUGAAAUGAUAUUGUCCCAUCAGCUGAGACCUGUGAUGAUGUCCAAAGAUAAGCAAGCUAAUGGCCGGCUUUCUUCUCAUGUUUGUCAGUCAGUUGUGGCCAAAGUAGAAGAGUCUCGCCCAAUGCAGAGACCCCCCAGAAGGCCACGGAAGCCCAAGACAUUAAAUAAUCCAGAAGACUCCACCUACUACACUCUAAUACAUAAAUCAAUACAAGAUGAAAAACGGAAACCAAGGAAAGAAAGUCUGAGCAAAGUGCUAGAUUUAGAUAUCUACUACCAAGAAAUUUCAUCUACUGACUCCAGCUCCAAGGACAGCAGCACUACCACAAGAAGGAAGAGAUACCCAAUUGAGCGCAGGACUUCCAUUUUACGAGCUACUGAGCGGUCGAGGGUUGCAGAAAGACCCCUGGAAGAGAGCAAAGCCGAAGAUAAUCCCUAUGACUACAGACGACUGCUGCGGAAGACCUCACAGCGCCGGCGCCUUAUCCAGCAGUUCUAGCUGCUGCUGCUGCUCCUGCUGCCAUUUGGCUUUUAUUAGCAUAAUUUUUUUUAUCAUU